AUGCUAAAGUUGAUACGGAGUUUCAAUCAUCCUAUCAGACUGUAUUCUUCUUCAAGCAACAAAUUCACCUCGUUAAGUCAGGCAGUGAAUUACUUGAAAAAUAAUUCCGAUAAUGUUGACUCUCAAUGGUACCACAAACUUCUCGGCAAUGAUGAGUUGAUCAAGAGUUACAGAACCGACAGUGAAAGUGUACCUGAUCACUUAUACGAGGAGGUUACUGAAAGCUCGCAGGAACUACUUAAGAUAAUAAGGCAAAAUCCGGAAUUGAACAACGAUGAUAAGUCCAGAUUGUUGAACAAAAUACUCAGUAAUUUUAUCCAUAUUGACUAUUCUUUGACACAUAAAGUUCUAAAAGAACUGGAAAAAUUAGACAAAACUCCUGAUGUUGUCACAGUAGGACACAUCGUCAAAUACAACUCUGGUAGAGUAAAGACGAGCUUUGAAAUUUAUAAAGACUUUAUGAAGAUUGAAGACUUUGAGAGCCAGUUGAAAAGUCGCAAGGAAGACAGUGAUUUCUUGCAUUCUCAGAUAUUAAAGAAAGUUGUAUAUGGUGACAAGAGUGAAGCAGACGAUGGCUACAAAUUGAACGAAGAACGAAUCAAAAGAGCUUUGUCAUUAUUGCCACUACUGAACGAAAACAAAAUUGCCAAGGAGAUCCAAAAGCAACUGUUGACGUCUAGUAUCGAAUUGGGAACAUUACCUGACUUGUUAGAAAAGACUGUCAUCAGCAGAGAGAUACUGGAGUCGUAUAUUUUCACGUCAGACAAUGGCGAGAUAUCUGAUGAGAACCGGGCUCCUUUAUGGGUUCAGUAUUUCCAACAGCUAUCGAAUAAUGAUGAGUCAGUUCCAGUGGAAAACAUAGCCAAAAUCUUGCCCGUUUUAGCAAAGGCCAAAGGGUUUCAGUCAGAAUUUGAUUCUCUGGUUCAAUACGUCGGUGCUAACGACCUAGACACUAAAUCUACGUGGGAUGGAGUUAUCAUCCGGGCUAAGCUAAUUAAUAGUAUUGGCAUCGGAAACAAAGACUUAAUUAAAGCCUUAGAAUAUCAUACCAAGUAUCAAGAUUUGCGAGGUCAACCUCUGGAGUUCAUCAAUUCAGCUGCUAUUCUGGUGCUAGGUUAUCAUUCUGUUUUGAAAGAAAAUGACAAAUUAUUGCCCCUGAUGCAUGCGCUUACCCCACCUGAGUCUAUUCCAAUCAAAGUACUACAAUGUUUCAUCUUGACCUAUGGAGGACUAGGAAGGACGGAUGAGGCUUUGGAUCUAUACAAUCGCUAUAUUGGAGAAGUCAGCAAGGAAAACGAUCCAACAAGCCACAUCUCUCAAACGCUAUUGUUGACAGAAUCUGUAGUGAUGGCACAUUUGUACAACAAUGACCGAGAGUUUGCAUAUCUACUGAACGAUGGUGUCAUUACUAAUAAAGUUAUAGAGGGAGAUACCUCCAUUAACCGUUUAAAACUGCUUUUCAAGAAAUACGGACAGGCAAUCAGCGAUGAAAAAGACACCGAAACUUCCAAAGAACAAUUAAAGAUCCAACUUCUAGACGCAAUAGAGUCGCUUUAA